UUCAAGGAAGGAUUUGAGAGAUGAAACCUACAAGAGUUGGAGUUUUGCAUACCAAGAGCCUCGCCUUACAUGGGUCAAUCAACUUGGUCUCGGCAGGCUCCAGAGCAAGAGCAAUCAUCCACAAAACACGAAGGGGCUGCAGCAUAUACAGUUGGGAAAAUGGCUUUCUGACACCCAUGGGGAAAGAGAUAAUGAAAAAGAGCCUGGCAAUCCUCAGCAGCAUGUUCUUGCUGUUGGGCCCCUUAACAGCAUACCUUAUUUUAACCCUGAUAUGCUAGAGUCAUGGUCACCUGAAGCAGACAAUGAAACGGUAGAGAGAGCUGGACCUGGAGUCAUUCUGCCAAAGAAAGAGUGGGAUGAUAGCAUUGAUGCCACGAGAAGAGGAGUUGGGUUAACCAGGACUGCGGCUUUGGGAAUGGUGGGACCAAGUGUAGGACUUCUUGACAUUGGGGAGAUGGAGGAUUCAUACAUGUUUCGUGUAUCCCUCCCAGGGGUUGCAGCCAAUGAAAGGUUGUUCAGUUGUAAUAUCAAACCAGAUGGGAAUGUUUUCAUCAAGGGAGUAUCAACAACAGGUGAGGAAACUGUGUACAGAAACUCCCAACUUUUCAAAAUGAAAUCCCAGAAUCUCUGCCCUCCAGGGCCCUUCUCUAUCUCUUUCGAGCUACCGGGUCCAGUUGAUGAUCAACAAAUCUCUACUAGUUUUGAGAAUGGGGUUUUUGAAGCUAUGGUGAAGAAAAGAUGACCAACAAGUAUUGAAAGGAUCAAUGAAUGGGCCAGUAGGUAGGAUUCAAGAAAAUCCUUUUCUUCCACAGCUUUUGAAUCAGGAUUCCCUGUGUUCUUCUAUGAAUCCUCAACCUUCUCAAACCCCAUUCCCUCCCUUGACUGCCUAUUGUUCUUUAACAAGAAACAUUUAGGAGAAUGUUAUGAUCUUUCCCUUCUAUUGGUCUCAGAACGUGAUGAACUGAAAAUAAUACAUUCUGCUGUUGCAAACCUGCAUGUCAGAUGCCAUUGGUUUAUUGCACAAUUGGUUAGCAACCACCAGUAUAGGAUUAUUAUGGCAGAAUUGCAUUUGGAGUGAGCAUGUUUUUGGCAGUUCACCUAGCAUUCAUCUUAAUGGUUGUCUGUGAAACAUACCGAUUUUCUAAAGAACCUGCAGGGUCAGAGCCCAAACCCAGAUACGACCAAGUUGGGGAACCAAACACAGACCAAUCAUACAAGCUAUGUAUGCCAACUCUGAUCUAUGGGUUGCCAGCCAGAAAUCAUGCUCAGUAGGCUUUGCACCAUUAUAAAGUUUCAGGAGGUUAUGGAAUAUCUAAAGCUCAGUCAUCGGUCAUCUAUCCUCAAGAAAACUGAAAGAUGCUAUAAAGUGGAAAAUUCGCCUUCCUACAACUCAGCAAAUUAGCAUUUCUAGCCAACAUUAUAGUUACUGGUUCAAGCUUGAGCAGCAAGGUUUAUGACAAUGUGUUAGUUCAGCUACUCAUCGUCGUUUGUCUCUCUUCAUCACAAUUCCCUCAAGAAUCCCAUCAAUUCCAAAAUUACCAGAGAACUGUUGAGGAUCAACAGGACCAGGCAGCUGAAAAGAAAUGGAGAAGUGCCCUGAUGGACAAAGGUUCUGUGUUUGCAUUUCAAACACUUGGUUGCCUGCAUACACAGUUCUCUCCCCUGUCGUUGUCACACCCCUUAUCAAUACUUUCCCAUCGUUUUCAACUUCACAGCUAAAUUCCCCUGCAGUCAGGAAAUCAAUACUCAUAUCAAGCAGCAGCAGUAAAAAUCAGGUCAUUUCUUGAAAUCUUGAGAUGAACUGUGUGCAAAUGAAUGAAUUAGGUGAUUGAUAAAUUCUAUGUCCUAAUUCACAACUUACGUUCAUCCCUUUUCACCCCAGGAAGGGAUACACGAAAAAGAUACGAGUCCUCGCACUCCCCAAUAUCCAUGUGCCCAAUGGCUGGUCCUAUCUGCCCAACAGCAGCACUUCCAGUCAAUGCAAAUCCACCUCUUGUGGCAGCAACAAUGUUCUUCAACUCCUCCAUUGUUGGGUGAGAAGGGAGAAAGAUCUGAGCUGCUUCAACCCUAUCAGCAGCUGAGGUGUCUCCUUCUCUAGGCAAUAUAGUCAUACCACUGCUAACGGAUGUCACACAGUGACCCCGUUGUGGGGGAUCAUCUGCAUGUCUUUUUCUAUAAGAAUCAUGGCAAGACCUGGACGGAGGCUGCUGUCCAGUAGAUUCAGCUCUCUGCACUGACACAUUAUGCAAAGCUCCACCCACCCUGGAAAUGAGAGAUUCUUUAGUCUGAGAUGAUUCUUUAGUCUGAGAUGAGCCGAUCAUUGCAGUUGCAGAUGUAGUUGGAAAAUCUGCAAGAAAAAGUAGCAGCACUUCAGGGGAAAUUCAUGUGCAAAGUAGAAAGCAGAUUUCCACUUGAUACUCCCAAGAUAUGUAUGCAUUGACAGUUUAUCGUUUAAUUUUCAGAAGCACCCUACAAUCAAACUCCUUGGUAGAGGAUGCCCAAAGAGAUGUGAAACAUACUCCUAUGAGUAAUCAACAGAUCUUUUCCUGUCCUCGAA